GUAACGAUGAUGUUAAUAUUUCUCGAGUGACACUUAAGCAACGACCUGAGUGGAGAAGAGCGAAGUCUGCGGACGAACAACAUAAAAGAGAUUUAAGAAUCAAUGUUAUUAAUGAUAACUUUGAAG